AUGUUGCCCUCAUCGGUGCGGCGCGUGGUCGCCUCGGCGCCGCAGUCCCCCCUCGUCGCCUCCCUCACCACCUCCGCUCCGAGAGCGGCUACGGCCACCAUCACCCUUCAGCAGAGACCCGUCGGUGGCCACCAGAGACGAUGGUCCUCCUCGAGCCCCUCGAACCCGAAUAACAACGGAUCCAAGGACAUUCCUGCCCAGGGCCAGUCCGUCCAUGCCUCGACAUCAUCGAGCUCCAGCAGCAGCGGCAAGGCCAACGGCGAGAAGCGGAAACGAAAGAGCAAGGACAGCGCCGAUAGGGAGGCUGUGCAGAAGCUGCCCAGCGUGCCCAGCACACAACAUCUUUCCCAAGAAGCUCUCGGCUUGUCAACCUUUUUCUCGCUGCACCGGCCGAUAUCUGUGACCCACAGCAUGCCCAAGUCAGUGACGGAAGAAGCCUUCGCCGCCAUCUUCAAGCCCCGGAGCAGGGCGAACAAGGUCACCGACGUCAUCUCAACACUAUCGCGGACGACCGACGACCUCGAGGGCGCCAUGGCCAAGAUGACCAUCGGCCACCAGGAGACGGAUGCGUCAGGCGAGCCCGUCCAAAAGAUCGACUUCAAGAACCCCGACGGCACUGAGUCGAGCGUCUACGUCCAGCUCAACAGCAUGGCCGGCCAGUUCGUCCCCUUCCGCCCUCCCCCGGCCCCCGAGGCCAUGGGCGAGACCGCCGACGCCGCGACAUCCCACGCCGCCGCCGCCGAGUCCGCCGUCGAGGACCUCCUCGACGAUACCCCUCACCACCGCGUCUACAAGGCCAUGUUCACCAUCGAGGAGACGACCGACGCCGACGGCCAGGUCCAGGUCCUCGCCCACAGCCCCAAGAUCAUGCAGGACGGCGGCGACGCGCCCCGCUCGUUCCUCGAGCGCAUGGCCCUGCGCCAGAUGAAGUUUGACGAGGCGCAAGGCCACGAUACCAUGCACGCCCUCAGCGUCAAGCGCCAACGCAAGCUCAAGAUGAAGAAGAAGAAGUACAAGAAGCUGAUGAAGCGCACGCGCAACCUGCGCCGCAAGCUGGACAGAAUCUAA